AUGGGUUAUAUAAUGUAAGAAAUCAGUACUCAACAAUAAAUAUAUUUUGAAAAACAGCGUCUCCAUAAUUAUGUUUAUUUGAACAAAAUAAUAUCAGAACUAUAGUAUUAAGCACUAUCUAAUGACAUGACUACUUUAGAGGCCAUUUAUAAAAAAAUAGUAAAUUAGUAACUGAUAAAAAGCAGCUAAUAUCGAUAAAAGGAGUGCUCAGUUAUAGCUUAAAGCAUGAACUUGUGCCCACUAGAUAUAAAUGAAGAAUAAAAAAAAAACAUGAAUUGGGUUAAUCUGUGGUUUCACAGGGAAAUACUUAAAUCCUAAGACUUAUAAGACGAUGAAAAACAUUUCUUUGAAUUAAAUAAAUACUUUUAAUUCUACACAAGAUCGAUUUAUGAUUAUAGGAAAGAUUAGUUAUUUAUAGCCACUUGGAUUUAUAACACUUACAAUACUUCUCUGAUGGUGGCUGCUCCCGGAUAGUCUUAUAAUUAUACUGGAAUCACUUUUUAAAUUUGUUAACCUGGUAAACAUAUAGUUGAUUAUGAUCCAAGAUGUCGUUCUUGGUAUCAACAAGCUCUUUAAUAAGAAGGACAAGUAUUUAUAGAGCCAUAUUAAUUCUCAUUUGAUGGAAACAUAGGUAUGACAAUAUCAACUAAGAUAUUUGACGAUUUUGGAAAUAUGUUAUCAAUUAUAAGUAUCGACUACGAUAUCUCUGAAUUGAUAACAAAUAUUUUUCAACCUUAAGACUAAUAAUAAGUUGGAGACUAAGAAGGAUAUACAGUAUUUUUUCAUGAAAAAAAUAUGACAAUUUUUUACCAUAAAAAUUGGAGUAGAUUUUCUAAAUAAACUUUCAGUUGGCCAGAUUUUGAAUAUCUCUAAAAUGAAACCUAUCCUAAUAUGUAAAAGGAUAAAGCUUCAUUUACUCAGCAAGUGUCUGACAGCAUAAAAUUUGCUCAUACCUACAACUAUUCCAUAGAAAAUAUGACAAAUAUUGAUAAUUUUUUUCAAUCUUUUGAGAAGGAUGGAGUAAAAUAUUUAAUUUACCCUAUAUAAGUGACGAGCGUCGUAUAUGCAAAUAAAAACAAAAAGAAAAAUUAAAUUGUUAUGUUUGUAGCAAGAUCUUUUGUUAUAUUGUUUAUAAUAUUUUGUGCUGUCAUGCACUAUGCAGCUGUUUUAUACUAUUAAAUUGAUAUUCCUCUCAGAAUGUUAUAGGCAUACUUUAUGUAAGAACUCACUAGAUAAAAAAUAAUCAAAUUUGGAUAACAGACUAGGCAAAAAGAACAUAAUCUUUCAAAAAAAAGCGAAUUUAAAAAAUUAAGUGAAAAAAAAGGAAAAAUCUUAGAGUCUAUUAAUCAAAAAGAUCAAGGGAUAGAUUUAAACGACUAAGAUAGUCUUUAGCAGUAGUUAUUUAAUUACAAAGAUAAAAAAUUUAUGUCUGACAAUAUUAGUAAAAAUAAUAAUUAUAGUGGGCUGAAUAACUAGUAAAAUCAACAAAUUCCAUAAUCAUAAAGUUAAAUUUAGUCUAAUCAAAAUUUAUUCUUUAAUUAAUAAAACAUAUUCAACUAAUAAGAUCUAGUUACGACAGCACCUAUUUAAUCAAAUAAAAAUUCUAAUGAAAAUAAUCCUAAAAUUAAAUAAAAUGUUUAGUGCUUAAGUCCUUUAAAGUAAACUAGAAGCAUUCACCAAUCUCAGUAUUAUUACCUUUCAUAGAAUCCUGAGUUAGCAUCACAAAAUUAGCGCUUUUAAUAGUAAAAUGGAAUUAGUAAGUAUUUAUACUCAGAAACAAGUUAGCAUAAAGGGAACUACAAUAUGGGUAGCAAGACAGAUAAUUUCUCUUAGAAUAUUUUCAAACUAAACCCUUCUCCUAGGAGAAAACUAACAGGAAGUAAAGGAAGGAUGAAUGCUAAUCGCAAAAUUUAAGAAAAAAUAGAAGAAAGGUCUUAAAAUCAAAUGAUAUCAAGAUAGUUAAGGCAGAUAGCGGUUUUUAGUGAGAAAGAUAUGAAAUAAGUACUAAAUAUAAAGUUAACAGAUAUUCCAAUUAUGUUCCAUGAAAUGCAAAUCAUAAUCUCUACAAUUUAAGAAUUUUCAGAAAUAAUAUAGUACUUAGAAGGAGGUUACGAAGAAACAUAGGAUGAAUGGGAAAAGCUUACCAGGCUAAGAUAGGCUUUGAAAGUGUUUAGGUAUGUAAAAAAUUUUAAUGCAUAGGUGCUUGUCUAUAAAGAAAUAGGAAAUAUUUUAUUAGAUAAAUAUGAAUUUAAGUAAUGUAUAGAAUACUAUUAACAAUCACUUAUUGUGAGUCUUUAGCAUAAUUACAUACCUACUAUUUAAGCAUUAUUUGAUAUGUUUCGAAAUAGAAACUAAUGUAAUUUGCAAAAAAUUGACCCUAAUUAUCUUAGGAGUUUGCUACCUACUUUGUAUAUUUGUGGGUUUGCAGUUUCAGAAAUAGGUUUUUCUUUGAGUGCAUCUAUUUAUGAAAAAAAUGGAAAUAUUGAAAGCUUAAAUUGGCUUAGACUCUCUAAAGAAUAUUUAAACACUUCGUUUAAUAUUUGUAAUUUAAUUAAUGAAGAAAAUCUCAAAAAAAUUGAGAUUCAAAUAUUUAUAAAGCUGACAUAGUCUGAAGUAAACAUACAUUUAAAUGAUUUAUUUUCUGCUUAAAGCGAAUUUAAGGCAGCUUUAUAACUUCUUUAGACUUUAAAGCAUGAAAUCGAUAGAAAUAAGAACAAAAACUAACAAAUAUUUUUUUCAUAUCAACAAAUAUCUAAUUAUUUUUCGUUAAUCUAAGGUGUAUUUCUCAUAAAAUAAGAAAAGUAUUAUUAGGCAUGCUAGAAAUUCACUGAUUAUCUUGAGUUUUCUUCAAUUUAUUAUUUUAGAAGUAAAGCUUUAAAGUAUAUAAAAGAUACGUUUGAUAAGUUUAAUUUAGUUAGUAAAAAAAUUAAUCUAAUGUACUCACGCUUUUAAAACAAUGAUAGUUAUAAUAUAUUCAUAUUGUUUUAAUCAACUUAGAAUAUUGUUUUUGGCAAUAAAACAAAUACUUAAUAAGUUAAUAGCAUUCAAACUAAAAAUCGUGUAAAUAGCUUUGCUAAAAAAAUAAUUAAAUAAAAUUUAAAUGAACUAGCAUGGAUAUAAUAAUAUUAAGAAGCCAUUUUUUAGUACUUAAAGGAACACUUUUUGUAAAGGGCUGAUAAAAUAUUUUUGGCAGGUUAUGACCAAGAAUUUAAAGUUUUGUAGCACCUGUUUCCAUUUGAAAAUAAUUCGUAUUAGUUGAGAAGUUAAAAGAUUUUAAGAGAUUUUCUAAACGGAAAUAAUGAAUUACAAUCAAAAUUUAAUAAAAAAAUAUAUGGAUAAUAGCAAUCAUUGAAUUAUAAUAAUAUUUCGAUGAGCAACAAUUAGUAAUUUAAUACAAACUAAUAAGAAAUUGAUAACAACAGAAGAAAAGAGAGGUUAACAUCUUAAGGGACUCUAUUUUCUAGAAAAGAUUCAAAUUAAAUAACUUUCUCUGAAGAUUACGAGACUAUAUUUCAACAAAUAGGUAAACCUUAAAUAAGCUGGGAAGAAGCGUUUUUCAAUUUAAUUAAGGAGGUAAUUCAACAAUACAAUGAAAAACAAUUGUUAAAAGAAAAUAAUUUGUAGUAAAAUAAAAAAAUAAUGUUGGUAACUUUUUGCUUCUACAGCACUUAAUCUCCAAUCCCUGACUAAAAUCUAUUUUAAGAAAAAUUAAAAUUUGUAACCAAAAUGAUGCCUUAACAUCCUAAAAUAUUAAAUUUUUUUCUACCAUUAGCAAGAGAAUAAUCAAAUAUAGCAGCUUAUAAAAGCUAAAUAAUAGAAAAUCAUAGAGAUGAAAUUGAUUAAUCUUCAUCAAAUUAGAAAAACACUCAAAGCUUUUAAUUAAGUUAACUAACUAAUGAUUUAACAACCAUUAAUGGAGAAAGCUUAAAUUUUAUACCUCCAAUGCAUAAUAAUGAGACUAAAUUUUUUCCUAAAAACGGUGAUAUCAAUCAUAAUCACGAUAAAGAAGUUAUUGGUAAUAAAUAAAUAAUUAACUUUAUGAAUGAUAAUUAAAUUAUUGAUUUAAGCAAAAACCAAUUAAAUAGCUUUACUAGAGAUUGUUUGAAUAACAGUAAAGGUGACUCCAAUGCAAACUACCUUUAAAAAGAAGAACUAUAAAAUUAUACAGAUGAGAAUACUGAACUGUUCAACAUAUCAUAAUCAAGUGAUUCAUUAAAUAAUAGGAAUAAUCUUUAAGAUUUAAAAAAAGAAAAAAUUUUGCUUGAAAAAAAUAUAACAAAAUCUAACAAAAACAAGGAAUCGUCUAACUAAUUUUCAAAUUUUUUUUAUUAAGAAAGGGAUUCCUAAUAGUAAAAACCAAAAGAUUUGAGUGAUAUAAAGAUAAAUUAAGAGUAAAAGUAACCAGAAAAAGAAAACAAAAUAACAUAAGAAAAUCCAUUCCCUUCUCUUAUUAACAUUGAUUUUUAAAAAUUUUACAUUUUUUCGAAUUAAUCACAGAUGUUUUACUACUUAUCAAAGCUCCGUCAUAAAAAAAUAGAUUUUCACAAAGUAUUUGAUGCCUUGUUUAAAUGA